AUGGACGUGUUGGCCCUGCAGAACCUCUGUCCUUAUGAGUAUGCGUCUCUCGGCAGCUCCUCGUUCUGCACCCUGUUCACUGAACAGGAAUGGAAGGACUAUGAAUACGCUCUCGAUCUGCAAUUCUACGGAGACUACGGCUUUGGGUCACCCACCGGUCGCGCUCAGGGCAUUGGCUAUCUCCUCGAACUCGCAGCGAGGCUGCAGUCCAAGCUGAUCUACUCGUCUGACACGAGCAUCAACGACACGUACGACGACAACACUGCCACAUUCCCUCUCGGACAGCCUCUGUACAUGGACAUGUCGCACGAUGAUAUCAUCCACUCGGUUAUCACCGCGCUGAGCCUUAAUUUCUUCAAGUACGGUCCCCACGGACUCCCGGGGAACGUCAGCCAUGCUCCCCCGCGAACCUUCCAUCUCAACGAGGUUGCGCCAUUCGGCGCCCGAUUGUUCUCGGAGAUCUGGACCUGUCCGUCGAACACCAACUUCCACAGCCUCCGACCCGUGGUUUACCAGAACCCGGAUCUGACUAAGGCCGAGGGAACAAAGGACUACAUCCGGUUCGUGCUGAACGAGGCCCCGUUGCCCCUCGAAGGGUUACCGGGGUGCGAAAACAGCACGAAUGGAUUCUGCGAGGUUCCCAAAUUCCUGAGCGGUAUCCCGACGCUCAAGGAGGAUGCGAUGUACCAAUUUGCCUGUUUUGGCAAUUAUACGACGGGAGCUCAGGUUGGAGACGGCCGUCCGGCGCGCAAGUAG